GGACAGUCUGUGUAUCAACAAAAACCAUGAAGUUUGAAGAUCUAAUUAUAGAGAUCAAUGGCUUCGGCAGGUUCCAGAAGAUGAUUCUUUGCAUCAGUCUUGUAGGAUGAUUCACUUUACCUUGUCACUUUCUAUUAAGCAACUUUAUCGCCGCCAUCCCAUCUCACCACUGUGAUAUCAGUUCUCUGGAUGCCGAGGGAAUCUUUGGGAAUCUGAGUUGGGAGCAGAAACUGACUGUCAGUAUUCCAGUGAAAGAUGAUGGGACUCCUGCUUCUUGUCACAUGUUCUCUCAUCCUCAGUUUCAUCUGUUGACAAACUCCUCCAGCAGCUCAGAACUUCCAGUAGUCCCGUGCCAGAAUGGAUGGGAGUAUGACAACAGCACGUUCAUCAGCGCGCUCGCCACACAGUUUAUUUUUAUAUGUGAUAAAAAAGGUCUGAAUAAAGCUGUGACCACCAUCUUCUUUGUCGGAGUGAUGUUUGGAGCAGCUUUUUUUGGAGGCAUGAGUGACAGAUUUGGCCGUAAGCCGAUGCUGUUGGUGUCCUAUAUAUCAGGAAUGGCUUUUACAUUGGCCAGCAUCUUUUCUUCCUCCUUCAUCAUGUUUGUAGUGUUGAGAUUCUUUAGUGGAUUCACCAUCACUGGCAUCGUUAUUGUCUCAGUCGUACUCAAUGUGGAGUGGGUGGACAUUCAGCACAGAAAGCUUGUAUCUAUAACUGGCAGCAUGGCAUGGGCUGUUGGGACCACCUCAUUGUCUCUUUUUGCAUUCUGUACCAGAGACUGGAGAUGGCUGACAGUGGCCGUCACGUCACCUUUACUGCUAUCCACAGUUCUCUGGUGGUGGGUUCCAGAGUCGGCUCGGUGGCUGAUAGCCAAUGGGAGGGUAGAAAAAGCUCAUUAUUAUCUUAAAAAAUGUGCUGUCAUGAAUCGCAAGGAGGAAGUUAUUUCAAGAAUCAAACCUGAGGCUCUCUACAUAGCUACAGAUGAGGGCAAGAGAAAUUAUUCAUACUUGGACCCUGUCAGAACCCCUAAGAUGAGAAGAUUGCCUUUUCUAACAGGAACCAUAUGGUUUUGUAUUGCCACUAUGACUUAUGGUAUCAGCCUCAACAUCACAGGCUUUGGACUAAAUAUAUACCUCACUCAGUUUGUGUAUGGAGCCAUUGAGGUUCCAUCUAAACUGAUAGUAUAUUACAUGCUGGAGAAGAUUGGUAGACGCAAAACUGAAGCAGGAGCUCAGCUGUUGGCUGGAAUCAGCCUCAUGAUUAACAUAUUCAUACCCAAAGGUAAGACUGUGCAUAUUUUACACUCGCAUCCUACAUACAUUUCCUCAUUUCAUAACUAAAUCAUUUAUAUGACUGGAUCCUUCAGGCAAAAUGGGAUAGGAUAUAACUCGUUCAUGGGCCGUCUGGGAGUGUGUUUGGCUCCUCUAGUCCUGCUAUUGGACAGUUAUUUGGGCCACUUCCCUCAGACUACCCUGUGUUCUGUGGCACUCAUUGCUUCUGUGGUGGCCUGGCAGUUACCUGAGACACGAGACAGGUGUCUGCCUGAGACUAUAGAGGAUGUCUAGGGUACUGGGAAAAAUCUCAUUAAAGAUCAUGACAAGCAGGAGGAUGAGGAGAAAAUAACAACAAAUUAAACCAAUGAGAACCACUGAGAUUGAGUGCAGAUUCAGACUUAAUUUAAAACUAUUCCCUAAAAGAACAAUUCCAAAGUUAUUUUAAAAUGUUUUAUUAGUUACACGAGGAUUUACAACUUUCUCCAGUGCCAUGUAAUAAUUACAGAUCACAGGCGUGAAUGAAUAAAUGGAAAUUGUGAGUUUGUUUGUGAAAAACAGUCAAAUCUGAGAGAAAGAGUCUAUGUAUGUGUGCAUGUUUAAGUGACUUUUGUAUGACUUUUUUAAAAAGAUGCCAGUGGCCAUUUCUGAUGAUUAGAAUACAUGCAACAUGCAACUACAUUUGCAUAUAUCCAUGUGAAAAUAAAUCUUUAUACCUUACAAUUUUUUUUAUAUGUAAAAAAUAUUUCUGUAACAAAUAAAAAAAGGGCACAUUCCCUUGUGACUUAA